GUGACGAAUUAGCGAGUGUUGAUUUAUGACCUUGAUAAGCGUGAAAACAAAGUGAUUGGAUUAAUUGUUUAUUUUGUAUGGAUAAUCGACAGUUAAUUGUCAUAAACCGAGGAAAUCUACAGAGAUCCACACUUGUAAAACACAAUGAAUCCAAGGACCACAAACAUGCUGUGCAGGCUGAUCACAUGAGACAACAGCUGUAUGGUACUGAUCCAGAGGUAGAAAAAGAAGAACCCAUCAUACACAUCUCAGAAUCUGAAAAACACCUAUUUCGCACAACAUACUUUGUAGCAAAACAAAAUCUUCCAAAUUCUUUCGUGAACACGCAGCUGGAUUUUUUAAGAUUAAGUGGUGUUGAUCCAGAAAUGAAAGACUUGCAUAGUGACACUAUCAUUGGUGUGCAGAAAAGUUUGAUUCAUGUGUUAGAUGAACAAAUGAAAAGUGAACUACAAAGUGCUAAGUACUAUGGAAUUAUUACUGAUGAGAGCACAGACUUGUCUAUUCACAAGAAAUUGAUAAUGUAUAUAAGGUAUGUGUGUAAAAACACUGGUGAUUUGAAGACUCAAUUAGUUGGAGAUAUACGAAUUGCUGAUGGGACUGCGCUAACAAUAGCUAAUGAACUGAGGAACAAAGUGAAAUCACUUGGACUUAACAUGGUGAAUUUAGUUGGAUUUGGUAGUGAUGGUGCCUCUGUCAUGUUUGGGAGAAAAGGUGGUGUAGGACAGUUGUUAAGAAAUGACGCCCCUCUGUUGACUCAUGUCCAUUGUAUGGCCCAUAGACUUGCUUUAGCCUGUUCAGACGCAUCAAAGGAGGUUCCGUACUUGAAACAUUAUAGGGAUACUUUGAAAAAUUUGUAUGUUCAUGUGUCAGGUUCAGGUAUCAGGACAUUUAAACUUGAGGCAAUGCAAGAUAUCAUGCAAGAACCACAACUCAAACUCAAGGAUCCAAUAAAUAUUCGCUGGUUGGCGAUGGAAAAUGCUGUUACAACUGUUCACAAGUGUUAUGGUUCAAUUGUGGCCUAUCUACAAUCAAAUGAGGGAAAAAACACAAUAGGUGACAACAUCGCAGAAGGGCUACUCAAGGAUGUGUUACAUUAUAAGUUUCCUGCCUUUACGGCUGUAUUAAGUGACGUGCUGUCAGUUAUUGGAAUUUUAAGCAAACAGCUUCAAGCUGAAUCUUUAGAUGUAAGUCAGCUGGACAUAUUACGUGAUAGUGCUCUAGGACGUUUGAAUGGUCUUAAAAAUGUGACAGGGACAAGAACUGCUGAAUUUAAAGACAAUAUCAGUGCUAAUGGAAGCAAAUUAUUCUUCAAGGGAAUACAACUUACACAUGCCAAUGAGAAGUCUCAAAUGGACAAAUUGAAAAACGAUUACAUUGGUAGUGUAUGCCAUCACCUAGAACAAAGACUGUCAAAUGACUCUACUUCAAUACUGAAAGCCUUCAGUGUUCUUGAGCCCCGUAGUCUCGACCUUCUCUCAGCAUGUGAGACAUCCGACAACUUGAAGGAACUUGCUGAGUUCUACAAAAUAAGUGAAAUGGAACUUAAAAGGGAAUUCAGUGGAAUAGAAACAUUAAUGCAUGGUUCUUACAAACAACUGACUCUAAGUGAAUUUCAUAAGGUCUUGUUGAGGCGACACCAAGAGGAAUAUCCUCUGACUUCACUGUUGGUAACUAUAGCCAUGUGUAUCCCAGUCACUAGUGUUGCUUGUGAACGCGGCUUCAGUCUGCAAAACAGAAUCAAAAUCAAAGCCAGAACUUCCCUUACCCCAGAUAACCUUGACAUUUUGAUGAAAUUAUCAUCUGGCCCAAGUGUACAUAACUUCCCUUAUGACAAAGCAAUUAAACACUGGCGCCUUGAAAAGAAAAGGAGAUUGGCUCAACUUUACAAACCAAGCAAGUGACUUUACAAUGAUAAUGUUCAGUGAAAAGUUCAAUAAUGAUAAUCUGAGUAUUGAAAAGUUGUGACUGUGUGAAAGUACCUCAGAAUUAUGCAAUAAGGAUUGCUUUUUAUUCACACUAAUUUUGUUAAUAGUGUUAUGCACUAAAUUAAUAGCAAGCAAAUGAUGUCAUAAUCUCAUUAAUCAUGUCACAUUAAACAUGGAUUUAGUAUAUAUUUUAACAAAUAUUGAACAAUAUCAGCCACAUUUACUGAGAUUAUUGUUUACUAAUUUUCUCUUUGCCUGUAUAUAUUUUUGUAAAUAUCUUUUAGAAGUAUCCUCAUUGAUUUUUUAAGUUUAUUCCAAUCAAAUGGCAAUAUCAAAGUAAUCAAUUAAAUAUACUAUAUAAUAAAACAUAAGAUAGGUUUACUUAGUAAGGAUUGUUGACUAUUUUUUAUCUUUGCCUGUCCUUUUUUGUAAAUAUUAUUUAUCAAAUAUCACCAAAUUAUACUAUUUAUUAAUAUUUAUUUUAACAAUAUAAGCUAGAAUAUAAAUCAAGUAAGAUUUUUUUAUUGUGCCUGUACAUAUUUCUGUAAAAUAGACAAAGAAAUGAUGGUACAUUUUGUACUCUGCAUUUUCUUAUUAUUGAUAAUGAUACUGUGCAUGUAUUGAUAAUUUUUUCUGUUAUUAAUAUAUUCAUACCCUUAAAUUCACUUAAGACAACAUUAUGUUAUGCAUUUACUAUAAUGUUUGAAAAAUGUUUGAUCAUGUAGUACUUCUCAUUUAUGAUUGUUAAAUUUGUAAGUUGUAUGCUAUGUUUAUAUGUACUUGUACCAUGAUUGAUAAAGAAUAAAGUUCUUAUUUUUGGAUUUUUUUUUUGUUAUACCAAUUAGCAAAUGUUUGAAUGAUAUCACUGAAAGGUUCUACAUGGUUACUGCUGUCCUUAAAUAACAACAAUACAGUCCUUUUCAGGGAAAUGUUCCUAGUUAUUUACCCAACAAUCAUGUGAAGGUACCUUGAACUUAAUACUUAAAAUAAUUGCUGUUACCGGUAUCAUCCCAUACUAUAAAUCAAACAUUGAAACACGAAAGAACAACUGACUUCCAGAAAUUUUCCUCAUGACUUCCAAAAUUCCUUGAAAGGAAGUCCUGACUUCCUAAAAAAAAUUCCUAGUGGAA